AUGACAGUCAGCUCACCGCCGGAAGGGUCCGGAGAUGUGGAUCCUACAGAAACACCCCCUGACACUACAACGGUCAGAGACACUGUGACAGCCAGCUCACCUUCAGAAGGGUCCGGAGACGUGGAUCCAACAGAAACACCUCCUGACACAACAAUGGUCAGAGACACUGCAACAGCCAGCUCACCACCGGAAGGGUCUGGAGACGUGGAUCCAACAGAAACACCCCCUGACACCACAACGGUCAGAGACACCGCGACAGCCAGCUCCCCGCCAGAAGGGUCCGGAGACGUAGAUCCAACAGAAACACCCCCUGACAUUACAACGGUCAGAGACACUGUGACAGCCAGCUCACCGCCAGAAGGGUCUGGAGACAUGGAUCCAACAGACACACCACCUGACACCACAAUGGACAGAGACACUGCAACAGCCAGCUCACCUUUGGAAGGGUCAGGAGAUGUGGAUCCAACAGAAACACCCCCUGACACCACAACGGUCAGAGACACCGCGACAGCCAGCUCACCGCCAGAAGGGUCCGGAGACGUGUAUCCAACAAAAACACCACCUGACACCACAACGGUCAGAGACACAGCGACAGCCAGUUCACCACCGGAGGGGUCCGGAGAAGUGGAUCCAACAAAAACACCCCCUGACACAACAACGAUCAGAGACAUUGUGACAGCCAGCUCAUCGUCGGAAGGGUCUGGAGACAUGGAUCCAACAGAAAUGCAACCUAACACAACAACAGUCAGAGACACAGCGACAGCCAGCUCACCUUUGGAAGGGUCCGGAGAUGUGGAUCCAACAGAAACACCCCCUGACACCACAACAGUCAGAGACACAGCGACAGCCAGCUCACUACCGGAAGGGUCCGGAGACAUGGAUCCAACAGAAACAUCCACUGACACAACAACGGUCAGAGACACUAUGACAGCCAGCUCACCGCCAGAAGGGUCCGGAGAGGUGGAUCCAACAGAAACACCCACUGACACCACAACGGUUAGAGACACUGCAACAGCCAGCUCACCGCCGGAAGGGUCUGGAGACGUGCAUCCAACAGAAACACCCCUUGACACCACAACAGUCAGAGACAGCGUGACAGCCAGCUCACCGCCGGAAGGGUCAGGAGACGUGGAUCCAACAUACACACCCCCUGACACCACAACGGUCAGAGACACCGUGACAGCAAGCUCAUCGUCGGAAGGGUCUGGAGACAUGGAUCCAACAGAAAAGCCUCCUAACACCACAACGGUCAGAGACACCGUGACAGCAAGCUCAUCGUCGGAAGGGUCUGGAGACAUGGAUCCAACAGAAAAGCCUCCUAACACAACAAUGGUCAGAGACACCAUGACAGCCAGUUCACCUUUGGAAGGGUCCGGAGAUGUGGAUCCAACAGAAACACCCCCUGACAUCACAACAGUCAGAGACACAGCGACAGCCAGCUCACUACCGGAAGGGUCCGGAGAUGUGGAUCCAACAGAAACAUUCCCUGACACUACAACGGUCAGAGACACUGUGACAGCCAGCUCACCACCAGAAGGGUCCGGAGAUGUGGAUCCAACAGAAAAACCACCUGACAGUACAACGGUCAGAGACACUGCAACAGCCAGCUCACCGCCGGAAGGGUCCGGAGACGUGGAUCCAACAGAAACAUCCCCUGACACUACAACGGUCAGAGACACCGCAACAGCCAGCUCACCGCCAGAAGGGUCCGGAGACGUGUAUCCAACAGAAACACCACCUGACACCACAACGGUCAGAGACACAGCGACAGCCAGCUCACCACCGGAGGGGUCCGGAGACGUGGAUCCAACAGAAACACCCCCUGACACCACAACGAUCAGAGACAUUGUGACAGCCAGCUCAUCGUCGGAAGGGUCUGGAGACAUGGAUCCAACAGAAAUGCCUCCUAACACAACAACAGUCAGAGACACCGUGACAGCCAGUUCACCUUUGGAAGGGUCCGGAGAUUUGGAUCCAACAGAAACACCCCCUGACAUCACAACAGUCAGAGACACAGCGACAGCCAGCUCACCACCGGAAGGGUCCGGAGGCGUGGAUCCAACAGAAACAUCCCCUGACACUACAACGGUCAGAGAUACUGUGACAGCCACCUCACCGCCAGAAGGGUCUGGAGACGUGGAUCCAACAGAAACACCCCCUGACACAACAACGGUCAGAGACACUGCAACAGCCAGCUCACCGCCAGAAGGGUCCGGAGACGUGUGUCCAACAGAAACACCACCUGACACCACAAUGGUCAGAGACACAGCGACAGCCAGCUCACCACCGGAGGGGUCCGGAGAUGUGGAUCCAACAAAAACACCCCCUGACACCACAACGAUCAGAGACAUUGUGACAGCCAGCUCAUCGUCGGAAGGGUCUGGAGACAUGGAUCCAACAGAAAUGCCUCCUAACACAACAACAGUCAGAGACACCGUGACAGCCAGCUCACCUUUGGAAGGGUCCGGAGAUGUGGAUCCAACAGAAAUACUCCCUGACAUCACAACAGUCAGAGACACAGCAACAGUCAGCUCACAGCCGGAUGGGUCUGGAGAUGUGGAUCCAACAGAAACACCCCUUGACACCACAACAGUCAGAGACACAGCGACAGCCAGCUCACUACCGGAGGGGUCCGGAGACAUGGAUCCAACAGAAACACCCCCUGACACCACAAUUGUCAGAGACACUUCGACAGUCAGCUCACCGCCGGAAGGGUCUGGAGACGUGGAUCCAACAGAAACACCCCCUGACACCACAACAGUCAGAGACACAGCGACAGCCAGCUCACUACCGGAGGGGUCCGGAGACAUGGAUCCAACAGAAACACCCCCUGACACCACAACUGUCAGAGACACUUCGACAGUCAGCUCACCGUCGGAAGGGUCUGGAGACGUGGAUCCAACAGAAACACCGCCUGACACCACAACAUUCAGAGACACUAUGACAGCCAGCUCACCGCCGGAAGGUUCCGGAGACGUGGAUCCAACAGAAACACCCCCUGACACCACAACGAUCAGAGACAUUGUGACAGCCAGCUCAUCGUCGGAAGGGUCUGGAGACAUGGAUCCAACAGAAAUGCCUCCUAACACAACAACAGUCAGAGACACCAUAACAGCCAGCUCACCGCCAGAAGGGUCCGGAGACGUGGAUCCAACAGACACACCACCUGACACCACAACAGAAAUGCCUCCUAACACGACAACAGUCAGAGACACAGCGACAGCCAGCUCACCACCGGAGGGGUCCGGAGAUGUGGAUCCAACAGAAGCAGCACGUGACACCACAACGGUCAGAGACACUGCGACAGCCAGCUCACCGCCGGAAGGGUCCGGAGACGUGCAUCCAACAGAAACACCUCUUGACACCACAACAGUCAGAGACACCGUGACAGCCAGCUCAUCGCCGGAAGGGUCCGGAGACGUGGAUCCAACAUACACACCCCCUGACACCACAACGGUCAGAGACACCGUGACAGCAAGCUCAUCGUCGGAAGGGUAUGGAGACAUGGAUCCAACAGAAAAGCCUCCUAACACCACAACGGUCAGAGACACCGUGACAGCAAGCUCAUCGUCGGAAGGGUCUGGAGACAUGGAUCCAACAGAAAAGCCUCCUAACACAACAAUGGUCAGAGACACCAUGACAGCCAGUUCACCUUUGGAAGGGUCGGAGAUGUGGAUCCAACAAAAACACCCCCUGACUUGUCACAACAGUCAGAGACACAGCGACAGCAGCUCACUACGGAAGGUCGGAGAUGUGGAUCCAACAGAGCAUUCCCUGACACUACAGCGGUCCAGAACACUGUGA